GCGUGAAGUUUCUUACGCAGGUCAGCAGGUUGCAGAGUAGGGUUUCUCUAUUCCCCGCGGCAGAGAAGAACCACCAGAAUGGCGGCAGCACCGGCAGAAUCAGUUCAAUGCUUCGGUCGUAAGAAGACGGCGGUUGCCGUGACUCACUGCAAGCGCGGCCGUGGACUCAUCAAGAUCAACGGCGUUCCAAUCGAGCUGAUCCAGCCCGAGAUUCUCCGCUACAAGGCGUUCGAGCCUAUCCUCCUAUUGGGCCGGCACCGUUUCGCCGGCGUGGACAUGCGCAUCCGCGUCAAGGGCGGAGGUCACACCUCUCAGAUCUACGCCAUCCGUCAGUCCAUUGCCAAGGCCCUCGUCGCGUUCUACCAGAAGUACGUGGACGAGCAGUCGAAGAAGGAGAUCAAGGAUAUCCUCGUCCGCUACGACAGGACCUUGCUUGUUGCUGAUCCAAGGCGCUGCGAGCCAAAGAAGUUCGGAGGUCGUGGUGCUCGUGCCAGGUUCCAGAAGUCCUACCGUUAAUCACUCAACACAGUUCUGCUUUAUAUACCGAAAGUAUUAUGAUUAUUAUUCUCAGAAUUUUCCUGUUUUUUGUUUAAUUAUUCGGUAUUUUGAUGCUCUGUAUUAGUUUACUCUUGUCUUAAAUGACUACAUCAGACGGUUUUCAUCUGCCUUGAGCUUUGCGUGAGUUAGAUAUAUUAAAAUGCCUUAUUUGAAAA